AUGCGCAGCCUCCUCGAACGGGCAGAACAGCGCUUCGCCGAUGUUUGCUGGACCACCGCACACGACGACGCCUUGAACCAUCGCGAUCUCGAUUCUGAUCUCGGACACUCGACAUAUGCAGCCUCUUCCACUACAAGUCACACCAACUCAAACACAGCGAACAACGCAUUGACACCACCGCCACGCACAACGAUACCCGCCGCUUCUCCCAAUUCGGACACCCUGAUCUGGGCCCACAAGGCCAUCUUGUACGCACGCGCUCCCAAUUCCUUUCAAACCCGCUUCUUGAACCUGCGAGCACCUGCCGCGCAGCUCCAGCAUAUCGGCUCUACCGCCAGUCUCGUCUCGCUACCCCUGCAUCGAAGCGAGUCCGAGCUGUCGCUAGCAUCCAACUUUUCCACUUCCAUCCAAACAGGCGUCGCACAGGCAUCUUCCGCGAAUGCGCCUGCCGCACGCCCAGGUAUGUCAGCCCAUCCUCGUCGGUCCAUUCGCGGUGCGGCACCUCCAAGCAGCUUUCCAAUGAAGAAGCCGUCACUACGCAAGCCAAUCUCCCGGUCCAGCAUAUCGAGACCCCUACGCAAGGGCUCGAUCGACGAAUUCAACUCGAUCGCUUCGGGUUUUGCAACCAGCGAUAGCGAAGGAGAAGCCGGCUCCACCGUGAGCCUUCGUGCUUCCCGAUUGAUCAACGCAGGCCCCAUUCCCACAACGACUCGCUCCGCUAGGCCCACAUCACCCUCCAAGAUGUCAGUCACAAACGUGCCCGUACGCAAGCCAUCCUUUGCAUCGGUCACAUCGACAGCCGACUCGCACACUACAUAUGCUCAGUCCAGUAUCAGCGACACCAGCACCGUUCGCACUCCCAUCAGCCUGAAAGGCGUCAGCCCUGCAUUCUUCGAGGCUACACUGCAGUACCUCUACACUGGCGAAGAAGCUAUGGUCGAUGCCUUUGAGUUUCUCUUCGAAGAUCGUCUGGCCUCUGGUGUCGAGAUAACCGCUGAAGAGAAACUCGACAAGCUUCGGUCCGACCUCACCUUCAUGUGGCGAAGCAAGCUCUUUUCCGAUGUCAAGCUCGUGCUCGGCGACGACGACGAGGAUGAAAAGAGCGAUGGCGAAGUUGCUUCCAGCAUCAUCAACAAGGGCCGGCGCCGCGGAGAUGGACGAGCAAAGAUGAUGGACAUUCCCGAUGCCAACAUGUCUGUCUUGUCGCUCGCUCAGACCAUCGAUACGGACAGAGUCGAGGAGUCGGACGCAGAAGAAGACGAGCUAACCUCGUUCUCAACACAUCGUAUGAUACUCGCCUCGCGAUCAGAGUACUUUGCAUCGCUGCUUCUAUCACCCUACGCCGACUCGCGGGCUUCUGUGCUCCAUCUGCCGUCUCCGCCUUUCACGCCCGCUUCACUUCACUUUACACUCGGUUUCAUCUAUACCGGCACCCUCUUCUUCUCCAACAGGACGUUCGACCUCUCGACCGCCUUUUCGCUGUGGCGUGCAGGCGCUUACCUGCAGAUAGAAACACUGCAGACACUGGUCGUCGCGCUCAUCGAUCGCGAGUUCUGUCACGGCUUUGCGUGCUCUCCGCCGUGUCGGAAAUGCAUCAAGCGCGUCCCGCGCACGCUUGCGUUCGCCACCAGCCCCGAUGUCAGCGAGCAAGUGCUUCAAGGAUCCGCCCUCGCUGCCGUCUCUGGUCUUCAUUUCGGAAUGUACUGGGCAAAAGAUGUCGGCAACCUCGAUCCUCUGCUGCAAGACCGGAUCGUCGAAUCCAUCUCCGACCGCCUCGCUCAGGACCCCACUCUGGUCGUCUCCGUCCUGCGACAGCUUUCCAUCGUCGGUCAGCGAAUUGACACCGAACGAUCCGCUCGAUGGGUCGAAUCGCUCCGCCUCAUGGCCGAGACCAUCUCGAACCGAGUCAUGCCCAUCCUGCACAACCACCUGGACACGAUCGUGACGAGUCCAGCUUGGUCAGACCUGCUCGAUGGCGUAGGUUCCUUGGGGGAUGUGCUCGAGAAAUGCCUCAUGAUGCUCAUCGACGGUCUGACCGAGGCUCGAGCUGCACAGAUCUACCAGACACUCGUCGGGCAGGUGUUGCUUCGAAAACAGGGGUUUGAAGUGGCCCAGUCGAGGCAGGCGGUGGAGAGUGCGCGCGGGAGCAUAUUGCGCUACCUGAAAAAACGCUGGAUCAAUGUGAGGGCGCUGGCGGGGUUCAACAGGUUGGAGAAAUGGUGUUUGAAGGAGAUCGCCGAUGAACUGGACGUGACGACGACGGAGCUGUAUCUGGCGGAAGUGCCGCCGAGUGUCAAGAGUGCGACGUUGCCGGGGAGGUUGAUGGCUGCGAAGAGGUCGAGUUCGCUCGGCGGUGGAGCGGCUGCAGCGGUAGAGCGGAGGAGCAGCGCCGUUGGGCAGAGGUCAUCGCUUGGCGGAGCGGCGGAUUCGAUUCGCACCAGCAACAAUUCUGCAACUCCGACGGCCGCAGCGCCCGGCAGAGCUGCCACAGUGGCGAGGAAGUCGUUAGGGACAAACGACGGCGAGCGCGAAGCCGGUCCGAUCCACAUGCGAGCAGCUGUGCUCAAUCGCAAUGCCGCCAAAGUGCGCAACUCCGAACGGUGCUGCUUCCACAACGCCGAAGCGAACGACCGCUGCUUCGACGGCAUCGAGCACGACGAAAUCGACGGUGACGACGUCUUCGUCAACUCCCAGAUCAAGCGCAGCAAACGGCGCUAA